AUAUUUCUAUCUAAUAAUACAUCUCGAAACGGUUCAAAUACGAGGCAUAUCAUAAAAUAUCAAGAAAAACUCUAGGGUAAUUCCGAAUGUAAAACAAGAGAGUUGCCUACUCGCGGUAGUUGUAAGAUUUAUUGCCCGAGCUCUUGCCGAGCGUUGGUUUCGUUUCAAUAUACGUUGUAUAAGGCGAUUGGUAAAGGAUAUAUAGCUUUGAACAUUCCUCUGCUUGCCUAUCCCGCAUCGUAGUCUCAGGUGGAUAUUGCCAGUGGAUACGCUUCUUCGGAUCAACCAGCAAAAUGGCAAACGAGGAACCUCUUCAGUUUGACCGGGUGAUGGACCCACAGUUGGCUAAGAAUGAAUUCCCAACAUUCAAGGACGACAACAGGUCCCUCAUGCGCAAACAUCUCACCAAGGCUUUGUGGGACAAACUCAAAGACCACAAGACCAAGACUGCUGGAUGGACCCUUGCUCAGGCCAUCAACACCGGAGUUGUGAACUCCGAUUCACUCGUCGGCUGUCAUGCCGGAGAUUCAGAAUCAUACACUGACUUCAAGGAGCUGUUUGACCCCGUCAUUGAAGAGUACCACGGCGGGUAUGGACCCGAGAGAAAGCACGUAACCGAUUUGGACCCAGCUAAACUGAAGGGAGAUAUCGAAAAGAAGAGCAAUAUCAAAAGUACAAGAAUUCGAUGUGCUCGUAACCUGUUUGGUUUUCCUCUGAACCCAGGGAGCACCAAAGAACAGAGACUCCAGAUCGAGGAACUCAUGAAGAAAGUCUGCGCGGGUCUCACUGGGGACUUGGCCGGUACUUACUACUCAAUUGCUAGUAUGACAGAAGAGCAACACAAGCAGCUCGUCGCUGACCAUUUCCUUUUCCGUCCCGGAGAUCGUUUCCAAGCUGCAUCCGCUUAUCAUAACUACUGGCCCGCUGGUCGAGGCAUCUUCCAUAACAAGGAAAAAACCUUCUUGUUGUGGUUCAACGAGGGUGACCACAUCAGAAUUAUCAGUAUGCAGCAGGGAGGCGACGUCAAGGCUGUCUUCGAUCGCUUAUGCAGGGGUGUGAAAGCUAUCGAGGCCGGUAUCUUGAAAAACACAGGGAACAAGCAAGCUUUCCUCUGUGACGACCACUUGGGAAUGUUAACAUGUUGCCCUAGUAACCUCGGCACUGGCCUCAGGGGCGGCGUCCAUAUCAUCCUCCCAACCUUGUUUAAGACCAAAGGACUUAAGGAACUCGAUACCUUGGUGCGUAGCCUAGGAUGUCAAGUUAGAGGAACCCAUGGAGAGCAUACUGAGAUCGUUGAUACGUGUGAUAUAUCGAACUUCCACCGUAUAGGACGUGCCGAGUAUGAGCUGGUACAAAAUAUGAUUGACACAGUCAAUCUAUUGAAUAAAAUGGAAGAUGAAGAGGCAGCUAAACUUAAGGAAUCAUGGUCCAUACGACGAGUUGCUUUAACCCUUGCCGCUCCUCUGUCUUUAGUUCUUAUAGCAGCCAUUGCCAGAAAAAUCAACAAAUUAUGGUAG